UAAACCCCUUCAACCCUCCCUCAUCCCUGAACACCAAAUCAAAUAGGGGGGAAAGGGAAGGAGAAGAAGGGGGAAAAAAGGAUUAGCCAAAACCCUCUUUCAAACCCUAGAACUUGAUCUUCCUCUUCUUCACAAUUUCUUCGUAGCUCUCCGAUUUAGCCUUUUCUUGAGUUUUGAUCCUUAAUCCGUGGAAAAAUGGAUCGUCUUGUGGGUUACAGAUUCCAUCCCACCGAUGAUGAGCUGAUCACUUACUACCUCAACAGCAAAAUUAUGGGGAACAACACAUGGCUCGUCCAUCAGGCCAUGACCGAAAUCGACUUCUGCAAAUUCGAUCCCUGGGAUUUGCACUUGCAAUCGAAGAUCAGUUCCAACGAUCCCGUGUGGUACUUCUUCUCUCCGAGGGAUAAUCCGAACCCAAAAAAGAAAGGGACGAAGAGGACCACGAAUUCUGGAUUCUGGAAAGCUACCGGAGUCGACCGGAAGAUUAAACGGAAGGGAGGUUCUGGUGAGAUUGGUGUUAAGAAGACGUUGGUAUUCUACUCGGGUAGGGUUCCCAAUGGUUCGAGGACUCCUUAUGUUAUGCACGAGUAUCAUUCCUCUGUAUUGUCUCCUGGUCAGAAUACCUAUGUUAUCUGCAAAGUAAAGUUUAAGGGUGAUGCUGCAGACGCUCCAUCUGGUAAUGGGAGUGAACCAAGUUACUCUUUGGCCUCCAAUUUGAAUGAUAUUGAAAUGAGCACAGGGUCUGGGUUUAAUUGUCAGGGUCAGGUACAAGUUCAAGGAACUCCAGAAUCUUUCUAUGGCAUCACAGAGAAUGAUUUGGUGAUGCCAUUGAAUGACCAGACCGGUCUGUCUCUGUGGGAAGUACAGAAUUUAGAAAAGUUUGGUGGCAACCCUAAUGUGGAGCUACAAACUCCUUACUGGAACCAGAAUGAAAACGAGUCGAACUAUAGUCUGAUGAAUUUGAACCAAGAGGAUUGGAAAUACCUGUUUGAUGAUGACACAGAGCAAGCUAUGUACAAGCAUGUUCAAGAGGAUCACAACGAUUACAGACCACAGGAGGCAUUGACCGGUGUCUGUGUUGAUUCCAGCAGUGAUAGUGAUGCUGAAUCAGUAUCUGCAAAGAGCUACCAAGAAACGUCAAGCCCAGUUGAUACAGUCGGUAGUUCAAAUGGAAACCAUCAAACUGACUUGGACGAUGAUGUCCACGUCGAGGAGAUGCUAUCGUCAUUGGACCACAAAGAGCUCGUGGCGACGACCACUAGCGAAAAGGCUGGGCCUUCUCGACCUCAGCGAAGAUAUAACAACGGGCCAAUACGUUUCCAAUUGCCAUCAAAACAAGAGACAUUGGGGGUCCGUUUUCAGGUGAAAAAGGUUAAAGAAAGGGCGAGUGUUGCUGCUGUUCCACGGGAGAUGACGGUGUGGAAAGUGGCUCAAGACACGAACAAGGCGGCAUCUGUUGUGGUCGCAAGGGAGAAGAAAGGGUGGUUUAUUUGGCAUGAUGCGAUAGAGAAAAGGCGCGAACAUCCACCACCGUACGUUUAUCUUGUAAACAUGGUAGUAGGCAUCUUCCUCCUCGUCUCUCUCCUUUACGCAAUCAUCUCAGUUUCCUAAGAAUGUUUGAUUAUAUGUAAAUGUAUAUAUAGAGAGAGAGAACCAAUCCGAUCUAUGCGUCGGUCGUCUCUCUCCUUUCUUCCGUUGCUGUCAAGUUGUCUAUGUUUUCCUCUGGCGACGUUUACGUAUGUGUGUGUAUGUAUGUAUGUAUGUAUGUUAAAAAUGAUGUA